GAGAAGAUUUAAAACAAAAGAACAAUUAAUGACAAUCACUUCUGUCAUACACGUUAAUCAUUUUGUAUACAUUUACAAUUUAAAAAUUAAAAAUUAAAAGUAAUAACAAUUUACAUGUACAAAAAUACCUCGGUGAAAAGUCAAGAUUUCGAGUUUCAUGAAGAAAUUUUUAGGCAUGGAUGAACAGCCUGGAACAAGUAAGAACCUGACUGAUAGAAAUGAUCAAGACGAGGAGAGUAUUCCUACUCACGAUCAGAGGAAAUACAGUGGAACAGAUAUAUCCAAUUAUUCUAGUAAGAGUCAAAUACACGUGGCAUCUACAGGCAUUGAAAAGCCAAAGAAACCGAGCAAGCCCGAAGGCAAAUUUAAUGAGAAAAGACGUAAGAAACGACGCACAGUCAGAGUCGACAAACAAAGAAAACCGCCCGCAAGACGACUCAUGACCAAACGAACGCCUAGAAGAAAGCCCAGAGGUAGAAUUGAAAAGAAAAGAGACUUUUCUGUCUCGACAAUGUAUUCACGACUCUCGUCCGGUGGGUUUCUUACGCCAGCUUGUGAGCGUUGCGGCCACCGAUGUUGUUUUAGAAGGUAG